UUCCUGUUUCCGGUUUCUCAGACGCUCCGCAGCAGUGAAGCUACAACCACAGCCUGUAAAACCCCCAAAAACAGCAGCCAUGGCAGACCCACGGAUCCGACAAAUCAAGAUCAAGACUGGCAUCGUGAGGAGGCUGGCCAAAGAGAAGGUCUCGUAUCAGACUGAGGCGAAGCAGCAGGAGGAGAAGGUCGAGCGCAUGAAGGCAGAGGCAGGAGACGAGUAUGUCCUCAGGAAACAGAUCGAGGUUCUGCAGGAGUCCCAUAUGAUGGUCCCAGACUGCCACCGACGUCUGACCGCAGCACACGCAGAUCUGCUUCAGUUAUUAGAAGCAGAAGAGGAUUUGGCUGAAUCAGAGGAGUACAAAGAGGCUAGAAGCAUGUUGGACUCAGUGAAGCUGAAGUCUGAUAACUGAUCAGUUUCUGUUUCUCACUGUGAGAUUCACUUGCUUCUUUUUUUUUAUUUUUUAAAUGUCCAUUCCUUUUCUUUUGCCCUGUUUGGAAGCCGUGGAGGGCGUACUGUAAUCCGUUCAGACUCCCUGUUCUUGAUGUGAUUAUUUUCUACUGUUUACCGUUAACGUGCCACCCGUGUUUGAUCACACUCCUCCUGUGCGUAAAAAAUCCCACAAGAACACGAUGAAACAUUGGGUUUAUCACCGCAGAGGAGGUGAGAGGUUGUUUUUCUUUUCAUUCGUCAUACUGAUACACAGUCUGGACUUUAAAGACACCAUUAAAAACACACACAUUUGUCUUUUUUGCAGUUAUAAACAUCACUUUUAAUGGAUUUGAUUUGAAGUGGGAAAGCUUUGCACUGGUGAAAGAACGGUAGUUAUUAUCAUUUGUAGUUAUAUUCAGAAUGAUUUUGCAUUCCUUUUUAUAUGCAUAGGGUCACUUGUAACUGCAGGAAGUUCCGAUAUUGGCUCUAACCUUUGAUGACGAUGCAUCCCAGAAUACUAACCAAAGCUGCAAGUAACGAUUAUUUUUCAUUCUUUCGAUUAAUGUUUUUGGAAAUAUCCAAAGAAAAACAAAGUGAAAAAUACCCAUCACAAGUUUCCUAAACUUGUGUUGUGUUUUGCAAAACGCAUAUAUUAAACUAACUGUGAAAUAAAACAGCUGGCAAGCAGCAAAUGUUCAUAUUUGACAAACUGAAACAAUGAAUGCUGCUUCUUUUUUUUUUUUUAUCAAUUAUCAAAAUUGUUUGGGAUUGUAAUUUUCUUUCACACUGUAAUCGAUUAAUAAACUGAUUGUUUCAGCACUUAAA